CCUGCGGUCCAAUGGGCGCCGCGGAGGGCCUGGCCCAGUGGAGGAAGUGUUGGGGCCACGGCAGGCUUUGUUCUUGGCUGAGGAGAUUAGCGGGGUGUGGGCCGCGCGGCAUGGUGGCUUUACUAUUGUCUUCGGAAAGAUCAUCAGCAAGGCGAUUCAGUGGUACCAUCAGCGACGAGGACGAGGAGUGCCGUGCGUUCCGUGGUCUUUCACUGCAAUCUGGGACACUUUUCCUAGUCAUGCCUAAGGAGCCAAUUAUUGGGUUGUCUGAAGCUGAAGGUUCUGGUGAAUCUUGCCGUGCGUUCCGUGGUCUUUCACUGCAAUCUGGGACACUUUUCCUAGUCAUGCCUAAGGAGCCAAUUAUUGGGUUGUCUGAAGCUGAAGGUUCUGGUGAAUCUUGCCGUGCGUUCCGUGGUCUUUCACUGCAAUCUGGGACACUUUUCCUAGUCAUGCCUAAGGAGCCAAUUAUUGGGUUGUCUGAAGCUGAAGGUUCUGGUGAAUCUCUUCUUGGGCAUGUAAUGAUUGUUGGCGAGAUGUGUGUUGCUCACCUGGGCCUGACCAAUGGAUUCCGGAUGGUUGUGGAUGAAGGGCCCGAGGGUGGGCAGUCUGUCUAUCGCAUACAUCUACCCAUUCUGGGUGGCCGUCAGUUAGAUUGGCCAGCUGGCUAAGGCUUUUGCACCACAGGAGUUGCUGCACUUGUACAAAUUGCCACUGAAUGGAUUUCAUCUGUUGCCUGUCAAUCUAGCAGCUUUCAGUGUGUAAUUUUUUGUGCCGUGUGUCUGUGGAAGGUAAUAAAAGCUUUGAGCAGCAGUUGCACAAUAAAGAUUUGUCAUGGGGAUAUCA